UUUGAGUUGUCGCGAGAGUUGGUCGGCUGAUCGCCGGAAGCAGCUAGACGCUUCGUAGCGGCCAAAGGGGCGGGCUUGUGGGUUCGGGAAGUCUAAGCUGCUUUCCGCUGGCUCGGCGGCGCAAGAUGGCGGACAUCUCCCUGGACGAGCUCAUCAGGAAGCGCGGGGCUGCGGCGAAGGGACGGCUCAGUGCCAGACCAGGAGUUGGAGGUGUUCGAUCUAGAGUUGGGAUCCAGCAGGGCCUUCUCAGCCAACCAACACGCACAGCAACCUUCCAGCAAAGAUUUGAUGCCCGGCAGAAAAUUGGCCUUGUGGAUGCCCGGCUCAAGCUAGGAGUCAAGGAUGCUCGGGAGAAGCUUUUGCAGAAAGAUGCUCGGUUUCGGAUCAGAGGAAAAGUGCAGGAUGCCAGAGAGAUGUUAAACUCCCGCAAGCAGCAGACCACAGUGCCCCAGAAGCCCCGUCAGGUAACUGAUGCCCGAGAGAAGAUCAGUUUGAAGAGGAGUUCUCCUGCUGCCUUCAUGAACCCACCCAUUGGGACAGUGACACCUGCUCUGAAGCUCACCAAAACCAUCCAGGUUCCACAGCAGAAGGCCAUGGUACCACUUCAUGCCCAUCCUGCUGGAAUGAGGAUCAAUGUUGUCAAUAACCACCAGGCCAAACAGAAUUUAUAUGAUCUGGACGAAGAUGAUGAUGGCGUAGCUCCCAUUCCUACUAAACAGAUGAAGUUUGCAGCCUCAGGCAGCUUCCUGCACCAUGGGUCUGGGCUGAGCAGUUCUAAGCUCUCCAUGUCCAAGGCCCUUCCUCUCACCAAAGUGGUUCAGAAUGAUGCCUAUACAGCACCUACUCUCCCCUCUUCUGUUCGAACAAAAGCUUUGACCAACAUGUCCCGGACACUGGUGAACAAGGAGGAAACCCCCAAAGAGCUGCCACCUGCUGAGCCUAUCCUCAGCCCUUUGGAAGGCACCAAGAUGACUGUGAAUAAUCUGCACCCUCGAGUCACAGAGGAAGACAUUGUUGAGCUUUUCUGUGUGUGUGGAGCCCUCAAGCGAGCUCGGCUAGUCCAUCCUGGGGUGGCAGAAGUGGUCUUUGUGAAGAAGGAUGAUGCGAUCACUGCAUAUAAGAAGUAUAAUAACCGGUGUCUGGAUGGGCAACCGAUGAAGUGCAACCUUCACAUGAAUGGGAACGUUAUCACCUCAGACCAGCCCAUCCUGCUGCGGUUGAGUGACAGCCCCUCAGUGAGAAAAGAGAGUGAGCUGCCUCGCAGGGUGAAUUCUGCCUCUUCAGCCAAUCCUCCUGCGGAAGUGGACCCUGACACCAUCCUGAAGGCACUCUUCAAGUCCUCAGGGGCCUCUGUGACCACACAGCCCACAGAAUUCAAAAUCAAACUUUGAGCAGAGGAGUGAGGCAGCCAAAAGUGGGGGUAGAGGAAGGUGGCUCUGUUUUCUAAGGCAAAGCUUGUGACCAAGACGCCAUCGGACUGGAAACCCCUGAAUAUGGAGAGGUUGCCGGAAGUAGGGAGCGUCCUCGCUGGACGGGACCUGCCUUUGUGCCGUUCUGUCCUGUGCUUUUCUGUACGUAAACAUUUCCUGUAGUGUGCAUUUUUUCUUCUCUGCCUCAUCACCAAAGUAGGCUUGUGUUUCUCAGCGUAUGCCUCCCCCAGCCUUAGCCCCAAGCUCAUUUCUUACCUGGAAAUGGUACACUAAAUUUUCUGGGUGGCUUUCUUGUAGCCCUGUGGGAUGCAGGGCAGGUGCUGUUUGAAGGACACUGCUUUUUCCAGGGACUAAGGGGUUGCCUUUCUUUUCUGUUUUUUUAAGCUUUUCAAACAAAGAAGGGAAUGGAAACCUCUGUCAUCCUAAUGGAGCCAGGUCCACUAAGAGCUGUGCUGCUCACCUUCCUGGACCCUUAGUGCAGGUGGCAUAGGUGGGAAUCAGGUCACUGGCCUCUUUUCUUCCCACCACUGGCUCCAGGCCUGGCUAGGGGGCAAGGGCGGGGUGAGGCCAGUGCCCUGCUAGUGAGAGCGCACCCCAGCGCUGGCUUAGAGAGCCUGUGCAACUUCACACAGCCCAGAGCAAAUUCUUAAGUGUUCUAUUUCCUUUUUCCUUCCCUUGUGAUGAAUGCCUCACACCAGUUUUCUUGGCCUCUGGAGGUUGCUGCUGGGAGUGGCUUGCAUUGUUAGGUCUCCCGACUCCCACCUAGCAUAGCACUCAUCACACCCUGGUUUGGGUACCGAUGCCAGCUCCCAUGCAGUUGGGCCUCACAAAGGCUCUGCUUCCCAUUCUGCAGCACUAGGUUUGGGGGAUUAUGUGAGUGGGAGGUGUGGGCUUGCUCCUGGCUCUACCUUUCUGGCCUCAAUAGUCUACAGGUCAGUAGUCAGGCUUGGCAGGAGACAUAUAUCCAGCUGCCACCAAGGGGCACUGUCCCCAUAUUUGUGAGUGUCCUGUCUGUCCAUGUAGAGGGGUAUUUUCCUGCCUUGGCAGUGGGGAAGGUGGGGGGAUGGGAGAGAGAUCAAGGAACAAGGCAGUCCUCAGGGCACGCCGGGGACUGUUUCUCCAGCUUCGCAAAACUAAAACCCAGGAGCAGUCCUUGAAUACCAGGGCAGCAUUGCUCUGGGUGUCAUUUGGCAGUCCCUUGCUGGUGGGACUGUAAGGGGAAUCCAGGCAGGUGCAGCGCUGGAGCAUUGGGGAGCAGUAUUCUGGGAGCUCUAUAGAGUCAGUAGCAAGUGCUCCCAAAGGCAGAAGCCUAGAAAGUAAAGGGAACCUGAGACACGAAGAGCUUCUCAAGACUUGAUUGAGGCUGGUCUGGUGAAAUACAGCCUAGAAAUUCAUGUUUCCAGAUUUACAUCUGUCAAGCCAAAAGGACCCGAGUUUGACCCUGGCUUCCUGGACCAAGGACGUCCAGGGAGGGGCUGAUGGUGCACCGAGCUCUGGCUCUUUAAAGAAAGCCACAGUUUUCCUCUUAAUCUGCUUCUGUAGGUACAAACUUCUUUCUCUUUAGCAGCUGGAAGACAUUCCUUCUACAUUUUACCGUUCCUGGCCCAAGAGAGCUCCCCGAAGGCAGUAGGGCCUGAUUUCUCAGGUACUGGGAACAGUCAGAUCACUACCCUGGACAUGGCUUAGAGCAGGGCUGGUGAAUAUCCUGCCCAUGUGACAUCAUCCUCCCCUCUUACUCCUAAGCAGACAUGCUCUUGUUAUCACCUAGUUUCAUUGGGCCCAGCAGCAGCUCCCUGGCCGUCUGGAGCUCAAUCUCUGGGUGGCCAUAUGGUACAUUAAGGGGAGAGAGGGACUGUUUGCACCUCUGCUUGAUAAGCUGUCAUCUUGGGAAACAGGGAAGAGGAGGCGGUAGGCUAGUCCUGUGUCCUUCUCCACCUCCCACUCCUCUCCGCUACCUGUCUGUGUCUCUUGUUCAGGAGAGGAAGGGGCAUUAAGGGAUGGAGGGUGACUGUGUAUUACUUAUACAUUUCUGAAUAAACGUUUGUUAUUCCUA